AUUUGAAAAAUGGCGGCUACGAAGCAAGACAGCAAGGCGAUAACACUGAGAGGAUCCGCAGAAUUAGUCACUGAAUUCUUUGGUAAUUGCACAUUUCUUUUUGCUCUUUUUAACGUUAAGCUUCUCUUCUAAACCGACUUUAUCUUUUUUCACAGGAUAUGGGAUAAACAAGUAAGUACAUACCCCCAGUCAGUCAUCGCUUACCUUUGAUAAAAUUAAAAACGCUAGCUAGUACUGCAUAACAUAAGCUGGCAAGUUUAAGCUUAAGAUUUUUAUAGUUUCCAAAGUUGUGCUUCAUUUUUGCCGGAACAGGAAAUUUGGGUUGUAAUCAUAUACUUUUUCUGCGUAUUUAGCAUCAGUUAAGUCAGAAAAUUAUUUGCUGGCAUGACUGCAUUAUUGGCAUUUUGGAAAAUAAUUAUUAGAAGUUCAUGCAGGCAACAGUUUUCCUUGAAUGUUUUUUUUUCUCAGCAUAUUGUAUCAAAGAGGGAUAUAUCCUGCUGGAUCAUUCAGAAGAGAGCAAUUUUAUGACCUUACACUAUUUGUUUGUGAUAAUAAAGAGUUACAAGAAUAUCUUUCCAAAGUGUUACAACAACUUAAAGGUAAAAUAUAUAAAUUAAACAUUGGAUCAAGCUGUCUCAAUUAUAGGUCUCUUUAUGCCGUGUUAGAUGUUAGUGAAAGUACAGUAUAGACUUUCUUUCACGUCUAGUAAUACAGUAUACCCUAUGAUAUCUCCUCUUGCAGUACGGUAAGAUAGAAAUAAGUGGAACUGACAUGUUCUUGUGAUAUAAGGGAGCUCUUAUUCAAUGGGGUUAGGGGUGUGGCAAUAUUUUCUGAUUUGGCAUUAGCGUCUUUUUGGGGAAAAGCACUUAUAAGAGUGUAUGUGCUCUUAUUCAAAGAAUUUUGUUUACACAAGCCUUAUUCUACAACAACUGAAUGAUGUUUAUGCUCAUAAGUCAGUGGGCAAGAGCUGUGGUCUCUUAAACUAUGGGAAUUAAUGAAGUGAUGUCGUCUGAGAAAACAGGUGUCAUUUCAUGACACCACCACUGAUUUCCCCGCGAAAUGAUAUCUGAGAAACAAGCACAGAUCAUAUCUGAUGACCUGUCGCUACCCAGAUCUGGGUAGUGCUUCUGAUUGGUCAUAACGCUUGUAAAAUUUGCUUCAACCAAUCAGAAGCACUGCCCACAACUGGGUAGCGACGUAUCAUUUAAAUCUUUAGAGCCAAGUCAAAUUUAGAAGGAUUUGUAUGGAGUCAUCAGAGCAUAACUGGGCUAAUAUCUAAGGAACAAUUUGCCUCACAAUGCCGGGUUUUGGCAAGUAGGCCCUCUUGGAUGUUUUUCUUUCAGAAUAUCCUGGCCAAUCCCAUAAUUACACAAAUUUAAUUUUUUAUGAUGUCACACUUUAGUACUCUAUACUGUCUCUUCAGAAUCACAAAAUUAAGUACCAAUAAGGCAGUCGAUGGAAAAUUGUUGUGUAAAAAACUAAUUUCGUUGAAUAAACUUUUUGUUGAGGGAUCAUUAUAUUUUAGGGGUCAGUGUUUUCUCAAAACCCAUAAAGUAAAAAGCUUGAAGAAAUUUCUUCUGCCAAACUUGUUUGCUCCAUUCAGAGUGGCUUGAGGAGAAUGCUCUUCAGCGUGUUGUCAUGGUGAUCACUCAAGUGGAUACAGAAGAAGUUAUAGAGAGGUGGCAGUUUGAUAUACACUGCGAGAACAGUGGACAAGCCACAGAAGGAGAUGACAAGAAACCUGCUAAGUAUGUAUCUGGUAUUAUUAAUUUUACCAUGAUGUCUUUUUUUGAAAAUAUGCUUAGAAGUAAAAAGUGGAGAUUGUUGUUAUUUUGAUGCCCUUCAAUAAUCACAAGGUAUUUUUUGUUCUUCCAACACCCCUAUCACUAAAUCAUGCUAGUAAACUGAAGGAAAGUUUCAUUUGAUGCUUAUAAGUAAUAACAGCCUUAUUUUGCUGGAAUAUCGUCUCUCCAUGUUGGCUUGUUUCCAUUCUCUGUGUAGCAUACAAAAACAGUGGCUUUUACAAAUACUAGUAAUUAUUGUUUAUUGUCAUUUUCAGUGCCUCAUUCCUUUCUGUCCAAAGUAAAAUACAAGAUUGACAAGACUUCUUUACUAUAAUAGCAUUUUGCGAUAAGAAGACUGUGAGAAUGAAGAUAUUACUCAUUACAAUGUUUAUUGUAGAAAACCUCCUCCAGCAAAAACUAAAAAAGACAUUCAGAGGGAGAUGAGGGAUGUAAUUCGUCAGAUAACUGCCAGUGUGACGUUUCUUCCCCUUCUUGAUGGCCAGUGUAAGUAUUAUAAUUUAUAUUUUCAAAUAUCAAGAUAUAUAUUCUCCUUUCUCACACUCACGCCUUUCCUCCAAGAAGUACAGUUGAAUGUCCUCUGACUUUCCCUUAAAGCGUUAGCUGAGAGAAUUUAAUAAGAAAUCAAAGCACCUUUCCUUAAGUGAUUGUUUUAAUAGUUCUCAUAACGUUUUGUUCUGAUGAUGUGUUGAUAUAAUUGUUAGUUUGAAAAUUGAUGUUGGUCAUUCUUAGGGCAUAAAAGGUUAAGAGACUUGUCCACUCUCACAUAAUACCUUUUCCAUAACUUCUCUUGGAUGGUGGGGUGGGCGUGGCAGUGCAUAGUGCAGCUGGUUACUGUUGCUGUGAUUUGUUUCGUCAUGGACAAGGGUAGGGGUCUUAUCUAUUCACCAUGAUUUAUGGCUGCUUUAUAAUUAUUUCCAGGUGCAUUUGACCUGCUAGCAUACACCAACAGAGACCAAGAUGUACCAGAAACCUGGGAAGAAUCUCAAGCUAGAAUCAUUGCAAAUUCAGAAGAAGUCCGACUGAGAUCAUUUUCAACAACUGUUCACAAAGUUGACACAAUGGUGUCGUACAAAGCUGAAGACUGA